AUGUCCUCUGAACAACAACAUGAACCAAGCGGCGACGAUCCCAAUGUCUCACUGCAACAGGAACAAGGAGAGCUUGAAGGAGAUAAUGGUGCAACCUUGAUUGAUGUUCUUGAGAAAUAUGGUAUAGCAGCGAUCGAUAUCAAAAAGCUCAAAGAAGCCGGUUACUUUACGAUGGAGGCAGUGGCAUACACACCCAAAAAGGCGUUGAUUGCAAUCAAAGGUUUAUCUGAAAACAAGAUCGAGAAGAUAUGUAAACAAGUGCAUGCCAUGAUUGAUCUUGGUUUCACCACGGCUAUGGAAAUCCAACAACGUCGCCACGAGAUUAUCCGAAUCACCACUGGUUCCAAAGAGCUGGAUCGCGCUCUUGGCGGUGGCAUUGAAACAGGGACCAUUGUCGAAUUGUUUGGCGAGUUCCGUACUGGCAAAACACAAUUAUGCCACACAUUGGCGGUGACAUGUCAACUCCCUGUGGAUCAAGGUGGUGCAGAAGGACGAUGCUUGUACAUCGAUACAGAAGGCACUUUUCGACCUGCUCGCAUCCUUGCUACGGCACAACGCUUCCAUCUUGCAAGUGAAGAAACGCUCAACAACAUUGCUUAUGCACGUGCCUAUAACAGUGAUCAUCAAAUGGCUCUCCUUGUUCAAGCAUCAGCUAUCAUGUCCCAAGCACGAUUUGCCGUUCUUAUUGUUGACAGCGUCAUUGCCUUGUAUCGCACUGAUUACUUUGGUCGUGGGGAACUUUCAGCUCGUCAAAUGAAUUUGGCACGUUUCAUGCGUCAAUUGCAACGGCUUGCUGAUGAAUUUGGCGUGGCUGUCGUGAUCACCAACCAUGUCGUGUCUCAACCUGAUGGAAAUUCGGCCAUGUUUAAUCCUGAUCCAAAAAAGCCAACAGGGGGUCAUAUCAUCGCACAUGCUUCUACUACAAGAUUGUAUUUCCGCAAGGGCCGUGGCGAAAAUCGCGUGUGCAAAGUCUAUGAUUCGCCAUCUUUACCAGAAAAUGAAGCCAUGUUUGCUAUUCUCGAGGAUGGCAUCAAUGAUGCGAAUGAAUGA